CUUAAAAAGCUAUAACUCAAAGUGUUUCUGCCAAAAAGCUCUAGGUCUUUGCUCAUUUUCUCAUAUCCACUUUUUCACAUUACACAUCACACCGCGUUCCUGCAGCCCAGGCAGAAGGGCACUGAGCUCCUGCUCUGGUACUGACCCCACACCCACAUCCUCUUGCAACAGAUGAAGAAAUACAAGCAGGAUCUGUUUGCUCUGGGAAUUUUUAUUUGUUUCAGAGGGGUUGUUUGUUAUUUCAGAACACACCUGAUCACUUCUAAGCCCAGUGCCAAACACGGGAGGCUCUGGGAUGGCUCCUGCCUCCCUCAACACAUCUGCACACUGAUCCUGCAUCCCACACUCUGCAGGGCACAGCUCACACAGCACCAGUGACCCUCACACACCCCAGCAGCAGCUUUCCCCACACCAACACAUUUUGAUGCCCAGUGAUAUAAACACAGUUCCUAAACCACUUUCCAUAACUCAGCUGUCGGUAGCAGCACAAACAGCAGAACCUGUGUUCUGACAGAGCCAGGAAUCAAGAGGCUUCUUGACAAAGGGUUAGUAAAAAAGGGAAGAAAUUAAACAAAAAAACCUAUAGUGAAAGACAAUCAACAGGAAAGCCUGUGUGUGCAAAGCUCCAGGAAAUAUCAGCCAGUACCAGUGGUGACCCAGAGGCAGCAGCAAGAGCCACUUGAGCACACAGUGGGCUUGGGGCAGGACGGAAGGAAGCCAUGGUGAGAGAAAAGAACCACAAGCAGAUAAAACAAAGAAGAAGCACAUCACAAAUUCUGGACUAUAAACUAAUUUCUUCAGAAAACCUUUUUUUCCUCAACGUUUUGUCACAGAGGCCAAGCAUUGUCCCUUUACCCAAGAGGGUUCUGAUGACAUCACAUCCCCCCAAAGAGUGGCACAGCCUCCCAAGCCAAGUGACAGAGAUCAUCUCAGCUGUGCUGCACUGUCCCCAAGGACAGACACUCCAGGAGAAGAUGGCUGGGUCAUCUCAUGCUCUGAGCAGCAGCCCCAACAGCAGCUGCAUCAAACUCAGCAGCACCUGGCUUCUGACAGACAAGGAAAAACAGAGCUUCUUUGCAGAGGUGUAAUUAAAAAAAAAACCCAAACUCACACAGAAAAGCAAUUAACAGGAAAGUCCAGAAGAAAGAACUCAAUCAAACACCAGCCCAGCCCCUUGCACUCUGCUGAAAUGAUUCUUUCUAUGCAUGCAAAGGGCCAGGAAGCACCACCCAUCCCCAUUGCAAGUGGUCACCUGGUGGCAGCAGCAAGAGCCCUCUCUGGUGAACCAUAAAAGGGUUUUGAAGAGCAUAAGACCCUGUGGUUAAAGAAGAGAACCACGAGUUUUAAAAACAAAGAAAAGGAAAAACACUCCCUAGUGCGAGGGGCAGUCUCAACAGGUUCCAGUUCCUAAACCAACUACCUUUCAUGAAAAGACUUCUGCUGAGCAAUAGCAAAGAAGAACUGAACAACGUGCAAUGACAACAAUAGAGCAGUACCCAUCUGUGUGCCAGAAAUCUGUGCUUGGAGACAGACAACACACAUGGAUCUACACCAGGAACACCUGUGUCACUGUGGGCUCUGCCAUGCACACGGGACUGCAUGAAUGUGCUCAAGAGGAAGCAGGAUCCCCAAGAAAAGCGUUCUAGGGUCUUCACCAAAGCAUGGGGCUGUUCUGUCUCCUGCACAGAAGCUGUGGGAAGGGAACAGCAGGCUGUGGUGGCUGACCCCACCUCAGCCAUGAGCAGCAUCACUCUGGAUCUCUAGCAAAGUAUUCAGAAAAAAAUCUUCUAAGAAAUGAUGAGGGAUAAAGGGACCCAGAUUCUGAGCUGGAACUGAAUUCAUCCUGGUGUUGGGGUCCUGAUGACAUCACAUCCUCCCAAAAGAGUGACAAAGCCUCCCAAGCCAAGUGAGAAAAACCAUCUCAGCUGCCCUGCACCAGCCCCGAGCACAGACACGCCAGGAGAAGAUGGACACGGCUCCUGCCCUGCUCCUGCUGCUCACUCUGGGAUUCUGCUGCCCUGGGAUUUAUGGCCAGUCACUGCAGAUAAAGCUCAGGUCUCCCAGGGACAUCACCCAGCUCCAGGUGGGACAGAAGCUGGAGCUGGAGUGUCACACUGACAAGAGCCAUGGGGCAUCCUGGAUCCGCCAGGACAGGAGUGGGACCCUUCACUUCAUUGUCUUCAUCAAUGCCUUGUCCCGGACCACAUUUGAGAGGAGUCAGAGAACAUCAAGACGCUUUGAGGCGAGCAAAGACAACACAAUCUAUCGGUUGGCAGUGAAAUCUUUCACACCACAGGAUGAGGGGAGCUAUUUCUGUGUGAUGAAUUUCAUCCAAAUGCUGCAUUUCAGCCCUGGCCUGCGUGCCUUCCUUCCAGCCACCACCAUAGUGGCACCCAGCACACCAGGGCCCACCAUCCAGUGUGACACCACUGAAAUGGACUCCAACCUGAAGACACCAGAUCCAGUGAGCACCCGUGGACCUUCCCUCUUCUCUAUUCCUGCAGACAGCAGAGUGCAGAAAGACCUGGAUUCCUUCUGUCUUGUCUUCCUCUGGCUCCCCUUGGCAGGCCUCUGUCUCCUGCUCCUCCAGCUCCUGGCCACCACCAUCGUGCUGCGUCAACUUAAGGUUGCAUCUCGCCCCCUCUAGGUGCACCCCUGGCCUGAAACCACAGCCCUGCCCCUGAGAAUGUGCUGGCUGCUUUGGGAGGCAUGGGAAAACCAGGACACGGUGCAGGAGAAGGAUCCCUGUUUCAGUCACUGCCUGGACAUCUUCCAACAAAUCAUCCUGACACUUCCUGAGUGCCUGUCCCCUCCCACUCCAAGUCUUUCCAAUGAUUUUGUACAAAGGAGGUGCAAUGAUCUGAUUGCAGCAUCAGGGGUUCUUUCCCAACAAAAGGCCAUGUGUUUUGCAUGGGAAGCAUUGCCUUGAAAAUAUUUUCUCUAUUCAAUGUUAUUGAAUGUGACAUAUGACACACACCAAAAUUAAAUGUAUGAACAUUGAACAGAAAGCUGUUCAGAAAACUGAGCAAAAGCAUUCUUCUGUAAUGCAAUCCCUGUAAACUUUGUUAGUCUUACAAAUUAAAUUGCUACAUCCUGACCCAGAGAUUAAUUAUUUCCUGCCUGUUCUACUGCUUGGGAGCCUACAGAGGACAGUCCUGCAGGGAGAAACAGGACAUGAGUAUUUAAAUUCAAAAAAGCAUUUCAGUAAGACAAACACAUGUACAACAAUGUCCUUG